UUGCGCUGGAUCCCUCGCCUCGCUCCCCCGCCCCCGCCCCCUCUGCCUAAAGGGUUAACAGCUGACAGCAUCGGCGGCCGAGCCCGCGGCCGCUGGCUUCCAUCAACAUCUGGAAGGGGGCUGACCGGGGAGGGCUCCGUCGUGCUUGCUCCGGAGGGGCUUUGGCCAUUGGCAACAUCUGAAUGGCUGCAAGGAGGAGGAAAAAGAGCGAGUAGAAGUUUAGGUUUCAGAGGGAUAGAAGAGCCACUCGAGGAUAGAGCAUGCCUGUCCCGCCUCCCCCAGCUCCACCACCACCCCCAACCUUUUCUGUGGCGAAUACAGAGAAGCCUGCCUUAAGUAGAUCGGAGCAGGCAGGACGAAAUGCUCUUCUGACUGAUAUUACCAAAGGGAAAAGGCUUAAAAAGACUGUUACCAAUGACAGAAGCGCACCAGUCCUUGACAAACCUAAAGGUUCAGGUGGUGGCGGCGGCGGUGGCUUCCCUGGUGGCGGCGGCGGUGGCAGCAGCAGUGGCGGCAGCACCAGCUAUGGUGGUGGUGGACCUCCUGGUUUGGGAGGCCUGUUCCAGACAGGGAUGCCAAAACUUAGAUCUACAAACCGAGAUAAUGAUUCUGCAGCGAGCAGGACUCCAAUACUACCACCAGGAGGACGAGCAACAUCUGCAAAGCCCUUUUCGCCCUCAGGUGGCGUAGGCCGAUUUCCAAGCCCUUCUUCUGGGCCAAGGACUGCAGCUCCAGAACCACAGAGAAGCCGAAUGCCUCCGCCAAGACCUGACACUGCUUCCAAGCUGGACACAGGUGCGCCUCCUGUGCCCAAUACUCCAAGACCAGUCCCCUCAAGCCUGUACAACCGAGGAGCGCCCCCAGUGCCAGGAGCAACCAGGCAAGCCAGCUUAGGGCUCACGCCUUCACCUUUCCCAGGAAACAGAAGUCAAGGAUUUGGAGGACCUGCUCGCCAGCCAUCCUUUGGGGGUGGUUCUUCUCCUUUCUCAAACAGGCCUCCUCUUCCUCCCACACCGGGCAGGCCAACAGACGACAAGCCGCCCCCACCCCCACCUCCAGCAGGAAACAGGCCCCCCCUCAGCAGGGAGCCUUCGUUGCCACCUCCUCCACCUCAGAACAACAAGCCACCAAUUCCUUCUACACCGCGGCCUUCCUUUGCGUCGCAGGCCCCUCCUCCCGCUCCGCCGAGCAGGCCAGGCCCGCCUCCACUUCCGCCAACACCUAGCGGAAGUGAUGACAUGCCACGGCUUCCGCAAAGGAACAUUUCACUUGCUCCGUCUCCACCAAGUCUGCCUGGCUCUGGCCGUUCGGGACCUCUUCCGCCCCCGCCGGGGGACAGGCCACCACCUCCCGUCAGAGACCCACCCAGCAGAUCAGGAUCCCUUCCGCCCCCUCCACCUCCAAUAAGCAGAAAUGGUAGCACUUUGCGGGCAUUGCCAGCUACUCCUCAGCUUCCUUCCAGAGGGGGAUUCGAUAAUAAAGUGAGAGCUGGAGCAGUGCCGCCACUGCCUCCUGACAGGCCUGGUUGCGGAGCCCCUCCGCCACCUCCUCCACCCUCAUCUGCCAUCCGAAAUGGCUUCCAGGAGUCUUCCUGUGAUGAUGAGUGGGAGAGCAGGUUUUCCUUCCAUCCUCUGUCUGAUUUGCCACCUCCAGAGCCGUAUGUGCCCAUGAACAAAAGUUACCCCAGUAAACUGGCAAGGAAUGACAUCAGAAGUGGAUCCAGCCGCAGGGAAAGAGGUGCUCCACCACUCCCACCUAUUCCGAGGUGAAGUGAGCUGCUGCUCUCCUUCAGGAUAAGUGCUGUUCCAAAACUCUCAAAGUUGUCUGCAUUUGGCAUUAGCAGGAGGCUUCCUUCCCCUUUCCUGUGGUGCAUUUAAACACAAAUCCCACCCCCAUGCAGUGUUUCAAGUCAAACUGGUAGAAUCCAGAUUGUUUCCUCUUAAUUUAGUUUUAAUUCCAUGAGACUGAAGUGGUUUCUUUAGAUUCUUGCCUUAGCCUAUCCUUUUCAUGGUAUCGCUAUAUUCUCCGCUCCUUCAAACUGGGGGAUACUUUUCCACAUUGCUGCACUUGCUAAAUAUGGCUCAUAAUGUGCUUUCCCAAACUGCAGUCUGUGUGAGAUUGCUGAUCAAAUUGGAUUGGAUCGGUGUGACUUUUAUAAAGCUGUGUAGCCCAACAGUUAAUGCUUCCCAUCGCUAGAAAGAGGUGGGGACAACUGUAUGACAUUUUUUUAUUCAUUCAGGCAAUCUGUUAAAUCUGUCAUGGAUUUUAGCUUUUGAAAGAUCAAAAGAAUGUUGCUGUUAAGAGUCGGUAUGACAUUCCCCCAGUCCACAACAAAUUCUGAUGCUACAGUCCAGGCAACAUGCACACAGAAGUACUCUUCCAAGUGAGUAAAUCUGGCUGGAUAGAGGAUUGCUGGCCCAACCAGAUACUGUGCAUCAACCCCAGAAGAUGGGACAGUGCAUGAAGAGCCACUUUAAUCCCUGCUGAUGAAUAUCUCCAGAGUAGACCAGCAGACCAGAUUCAGUCCCAUUCCACCCCCCUUCCCACUGGCCCUUCCAGCCAAACAGCUGAGUGGGUGGAGAUUCGUCUUUUCAAACAAAAGCAGCGCACAUCACGGCAGCGUGGCGCAUACUCCAUUGCUGGAGGAUGCUGAAACACAACAGUCCUGAAGCAUUGCUGUCUUGGAGUUAAACCUUCAGUGUUGGUAAGCGUCAUCUUAUUAGGCUUUUCCUCUGCGGGGUGGGGAGUGACUCCCGUGGCUUCUGUGACAUUGAUUACUGAAAAUCUCUCUACUUGGAACUACCCAAGACAAAUACUCAAAAAUGAAAGCAUAUGUAAGCAACAGUAAGACACUCUCUGACUUUCUGCUAGCAUUUCUGCCCUGAGCUUCCAUUUCUUUCAUGGUACAGUUGAACUGUUCUUUUUUUUACUAUUAAAGUAUUUUUAAUUUUGAUCUUGGGUGCGCAGACACCUUUCCUUUUCCCUUUCUGUGGCAGCUGUUAAUCAAGCAUCCAGAUGCAAGCAGGAAAUGUCUGACGGCAGGACACAUUCCAUUGACCUGUUACAAGCUUUUACUUAGUUUUCAUUUUGAGUGCAAAACAGAACAGCAUUUAAUAUCCGACCUUGCUGCAAAAUGUAAUUUACUUUUAUGGAAUUUUUCUCAUCUGAUAAAACUGUAAGAAAGGACUUCCACGUUUUAUUGUGGGGUGGAUUAUAUUGUUAGCAUCAUGACAGUUUUACAACCCAUUCACUUUACUCACCAAUAUGGAUACAUGACAAGACAAAACAGAACCCUUAGGGGAAUUAUGGCUCUUGCCUGGAACUCACCUGAUGAAUAAAAUGACUGCCUAUGGAAGCAAUCUCUGAAGAUGGCUUUCAAGAACCUGCUUUGUAUUGGUUUGCAAUUUGAAGCCCACAGGAUGACCUUUCUGGUGCUUCUAUGAUGGAAGAAUUGGGAAGUUUGACAUAUUCACAUGUGUCAUGUAACAUUGUACAAUGUUGAGUUGUGGAGGGACUGUUAGAACAAAACCUCUUUAGAGAUGCACAUAAAAAGUAAACAUAUCAUUGGGGAAACUCUGAAAAGGAAUUCAGAAAUAUAUACAAUGGUGCUUUGUGUGACUAGCAUUAGCAGCCAAAAUUGCACCUUUUCUACUUUGUGCAUUUCCCCAAUGGUAAAUGAAGAUGGAAUUUGGUAUGUAGAAAUGGAGGAAAUAGCCUAGCAGUUUCUGGCAGUGUGUACAUGUAUGAAACUUUUUAAAUGACUUUUUUGAUUAAACAUGCUUAUGCUGGUCAACUUUUGGCCUUAGAGGUACAUUCCAUGAACUUUUUCUUGUGGUGGAAUCCUUAAAAAUAAAAAUCCUAAAAAAUUCAGGUAUUUAAAGAUUCAACUAUGUGGAUCUCACUGUAAUAUCAGAGCUCAUCUGAGAGGGGUUUGCAUAGAGUUUGUUGCAACACUUUUCACAAUCAUGCACUCUGAAGUAAUAAUGAAUUUCUCACCAGAUUGUUCCUCUUUUCCUAUGUACUUAAUAACCUGACAUAUAUGCAGUAUUAAUGGUUUCAGUUCCAGUCCAGUUAACCCUUGUAUGUGCAAUGUUUUAUAGAAAAUAGGCUGUAAAAGAUUAAAUUAUUAAAUUACAUUUUGUCACUGGAACUGGAACAUUAGAACUUUCCGAUAAAUGAAGUACAAAGUGUUAUACAGUGAUUUUUUUAAAAAACUAAACAAAAAUGCUGCAGAAACAGUGCAUUUGGUUUAACAGUCAAUUCCCUUUUCAAUAGUCAGAUGGAGAUGAUGGAGAAGAACUGAAUUCACUGCAGUGGUUAGUGCUUCUAUAAACUAGAGAUCAGCCAAGGACCUGGGUUAGGUAAUACAGUAGAGUUUUAAUGGUAGAAACACUAGCGGUAGAGGUGGAAACAUGACCCGAUCUGUCAGUGGCUCUCUCGCAGCAGCAUUCACUCAUUUCUGUCAGUGGACUUGCCCUUGAAUGAGGGAAGUUCUGUGGCAGCAUUCUUCACACAGUCGUGGGAAACUGGACAGCAAGGAACAAGUAAACAUGAAGAGCCAGGAGUGGGAAAGGCUGUGGUUGUGGCAGCACCUUUCGGACUGCAGCCACUCAACACAAUUGUCCCCACAGCCAUGGGCCAAGGCAAGCCCAAACAUUCAGGCAGCUGUGCUGUUCCAUAGCAACAAACUAGUUCGAGCAAUUGGCAUUCCCCCAGAUGUAGGCUGUUUGUAAAGCGAAGGGGGCUUCACUGGCCUGAUGAGGAACAGAAGGCUUUCUAUCAUGACAGGGAUCACUAGCAGGAAUAUAUCAAUGCUAGGAAAAGCCAUCUCUCCCCAUCAGCUAAGCACAGAAAGAACGAGAGGCCUGAGCAGGCACAGUAUAUGCCUUUGUCCCCACUAACAGAAAGUCCCAGUGCUUUGAGACUGAGAGGUGUGACUCCACUGCACUGCUGGAGAAAGCCAGACAAAUAACGGAAGGAAGAAACCUUACCAGCAUCCUAUAAACAGUAUCCAUUCCUGCGGUACUCAGAAAUGCUUGAGAUUCAAUGUCUGUUUUACUCUGUUGACUGUGCCAUUGGCAAAUUAAUUAAAGUGCAAUAUCUGAAAUUCUGACCAAAGCCUUAGCAUUUAAAAUGCAACGUGGCCUUCCGAGUGAAACAAAGAAGCUAGCACUUCUCCUCAGAGGAUAAAAUUUUUGCACUUUCCUUCAUAAUAGGAAUCUUCCUCAAAGUGUGUAUCUAAAGUAGUGGCAGAAAGUUCUUCAAGGAAGACAAUAGGACUUGUUUGGAUUGUGUAAAGUAUAACACUUUUUAUUUCACCAAAUCUAUAAAAAACAGCAUUUUAAUAUAUCAUUGUAUUAUAGAUAUAUUAGAAUAAGUAUUUAUUUGACUGUGCACAAUGAUCAAAUGGCAGAAAUCAAAAUAGCUUCUUCCUUAUGGUGCCUUAGGUCACAGUCCUGUAUCCACUCAUCUGAGAGAAAGCUCCAUGAAACUCACUGGGGCUUACUUUUGAGAAGGCGUUUAUACGAUUGUACCAUUAAUAUAUUUUAAAACCACUUUUUAAAUGUCAAAAUGGAUGUUGUCUUGAAAAUAUAUCAGAUCUUGUCCCUUGGGCAACUAUUUCAAACAUACCAUAAUUACUCUAUGAAAUCUCAGCUCAUUUGUUGUCUAGCAUCUGCAAGCAUUGCAUUUGAUAAAACAUGGCAAAUUGCCUUUUUUAUUGAAGCAAGUUCUGUGAUUUGUCAAUGAAAUUGAUAAUGAGUUUAGGACUGAGGUCUUGAAAAAGAUAAAAGUUUGAAAAUUCUGUAGGUUGCAUUUUAUGAGUUAAUGAAUCAAUUGGAUUGUGAACUUGGCAAACAUUUUCAAUAUGUAGUGCAUAUCCCCACAUGUGUUUAAAAGUUGUACAGGUGUACAACAUUGCCAUAUUGUAAAUAAGAUGUUUUAUUUGACUUUGCUUUGGAUUAUUAACAUGCAUAUCUUAAAAUAUCUGUAUGUUAUCACUGUGACUCAAAUGAGAGAAACUAAAAGACAAAUGAAAGCUCAUGUCUAUCCAAAAUAGCAAAUAAAAUGGGAGCAAAGUUUUCCAGUUC